AAAGACACGGGUCGGUUUGGGCGUGGGUGGCGGCGGCGGCGGUAGUCACUACAAAGUGACUACGCGCUGCGUACCCGAAGUGAGCGUAACCUCACCGACCGAUGGCCAUUAUCAUGAAUUACAGCCAUACUCAACGGCAUCAACAACAUCAUUAUCAUCAGCAUCAACAACAAACACACCGCAGUCAGCAACAGUGGCCAUAACAACAGCAACCACAACAACAACACAUACGCAUGCCAAUCAUCAGACAAGCGAACAGCAGCCAUCAAAAUCAGCAACACAACCACCGCAUCAACCACAUCAGCCACAUCAACAACAUCACCAUCAUCAACAACAGCAACACAAACAAAAAGAAAAUCAUAAACAACAAGCGCAACAACAGAAAGCACAUAAGAAAUCGAGAGCCAAGUCGAGUAGCCACGGCAACAGCAACAGCAAUAGCAAUAGCCACUGCUAUAGCAACUAUAAUUACAACAGCAACAACAACAAUAAUAAUAAUAAUAGCAAGAACAGCAUUAACCAUAGCAACAGCCAUAGCCAAAAUAGUAGUAACAGUAAAACUUUUCUACAACGCAGUAAACACACUAACAACAUUUAUUCAUCAGGAGCCACACUGGUGGAGGAGGAGGACUUCAAUGAAUUGACCGCGGUACCGACAGCAACCAUUGUGAUAGCAACAAAUGUGAAUGGCAAAGUGCGCAUAAGUCCACAAGCGACCAUCAACAACAGCAGUGCUGGUCCGGGCAUUGGCAACGGCACCGGCAAAGAGUCGGUUCGCCAGCUGCCAGCACCAUUGAAACUGACCGCCAGCACAACAACGCCAACUAGACCGACAACAAUUGCCGCACCAACGAAAAAUCUACUCCAACGCCAGAAGGCGACCCAGCAGCCACAUCAGCAACAACAGACGAGUCCAACCAGAAGCACAGCUGAGAAAUUGCUUGCACAAACUAGUGAGGAAAGUCAACCUACUGAAUUGACCCCGCUGGUGGAGACUCACGACGAUAUCACGCACGGUCAUAGUCCGACAGCACACACACCUUCCUCGAAUACAAACACCGCCAGCUCAACGCAGCGCUCCAAUAGUACCGCGAUCGCCGCGUCUGUUUCACCAACAGCUAGUGUUGGUUUAGCCACAGCAGCAACACAGUACGUUGGCGAUUUGUCGCCUGCCACAUCGGCCGCCAGCAUCAUCUCUGCAGUUGGCGUUGCGAACGCACCGAACAUUUACGGUCAGCAAUCUAGCGUACCGGCUGCACCAACGGCACCACCGCCCACAGCUGUCGCUGCCGCUGCUGCUGCCGCCGCCACCACAACUUACAGUCACAACUCGAAGACUACACGCUCCUGGCCGGUAAUCUAUAGGAAUCCACACCAUUACGAUUACGAGGCACUCUACGUGCAGGCGUCUGGCGGUAGCACAAAACCGGUGGUUGGCGCAAAUCAUCACUACCAUCACCAGCCGCAGAGUCACUUUCAAAUCGGCAGUAGCGCUUUCAAGCAGAACUGCUAUUCGAAUCAAUUUGCUCAAUCCAUUUUGUAUACGUCAAGCAAUGAGGACCUGAGCGCAAUCAAUGAGCACGGCGGCGAUGGUGUUGGUGGCGGUACAACCGGUGGCAGCAGUAAUUUCGGCGUUAGCAACGGUCCCAGCAAUCAUAAUACGAAAAACAAUACACAAACGACGUGUUACUACUUUGCGCCAAGUCGACAUAACAGCAUUUAUGAACAUCCGUCGGCUGUGGUGCAUAAUUCCUCGUUUCAAUUUGAUCCAACUGCGGCAACAACUGCAGCUGCUGCAGCGGCUGUUGAGAGUUUAAGACGCAGCAAUAGCAUACUGUUGCGUAAUAGCAGUUGCGCUAAGGCGCUGAAUCAAAACGGUGACGGCACUGGCGGCGGUCUGGGCACACCCACAUCACUCAAUUCGGCUAUGGAUAUGGGUAGUAGCUCGGGCGCGUCGGGUUGCUGCUCUAACUGUUGUGUUGGACCACCGCCAGUGCUAUUUCUGUUUGUGACGCUGCUGAUGACCACUAGCGCGACGGCAAUGCUCUGCGCCGCCAUUAUGACUGAUCACUGGGAGCAUGUCACUUGGGAUCGCAACAGUUUGGAUCGCUACACAAAUCGUUCGAGUAUGCAGUUGGAGUGGAUGUUGGACGAUAAAGUGGCGAUGCUGAAGCCCGACAAAAAAGCGGAAUAUCGUUUUCGUCGGGAAACCGUUUUCCUCGUACCCAUGCACGGUGGCAUUUGGACGCUGUGCAUAGACUUGCCAAUGCAGGAGUUGCAAGAGCUGCGAAGACAUCCGAAGUUUCCACGCGGUGCACCACCUUGCGUCAAUUAUCUAGCCGGUUCGAUGGAGAAUGCACGCGGCGAAGAGCAACGCAACGAUUGGCAACAUAGAAUGCAAAACUUGUCAAUUUCCUGUUCAUUGGUCUGCCUAAUUAUAUUGGGCAGCGCAGCAUUGGUGGGCGCGUUCGGUGUUUGUCAGCGUCAAAUAAGCGCCAUACUAAUCACAGGCGUCAUGUAUCUACUAGCGGCACUCUUUGCGCUCUUCACGCUUAUGAUUAUACAUUUUAAACGGCAACAAGGACGACCCAUGUUGGAUAGCGACUAUGAUGGCACCGUUGACGGUAUUGUGGCGCGACCGGGCGGCGUAGCAAUUAUGGCUAAACCGUUAUUGGGCGCACGCAUAUUUCUGACAUCAUGGAGUUUGGAUUUGGGUUGGGGCGGUGUUGUCUUGUGCGGCAUAACGUCAGUGUUAUGGAUUUUGCUGUCGAAAAUUAUGCGUUACAAUCCAUUUUCAGCGCUAAUGAUUUAGUCGAUGGAGGUCGUCUAAGGUCGCACAAGGCCGUGCAGGCUUUGUAGGUGCGUAUCGAGUGACAAAGCGAUUACAAUUGCAAGCUAACGCAUGCAAACGGUCGAGGACUUCGUGGAAAUAUGUGUACUGGUGAAAUAUUUUAGGAAAUCCAGCUAAUUACAAAGCGCUGCACUUGGUUAGUUAUGCAAUGUAAUUAAAGUGUAAAUGUAACUGUAACUUAUAGCUGUUGAACAAGCAAGCAAAUGGCCGACACAAAAUAAACUGACUAAAACAGUGCUGCUUUGACAAAGGAUCGAGAAAAUAAUAACUCUAAAUAUUAAUGAAAUAUUUCUACAUUACAUAAAAAAUUAUAAUAUUUAAAAAAACUAAAGUAAAUAGUUUAUCCUCAUUUACUAUUGUAAACAAAAUCACACAUUUCAUGAUAGUUUUGUAUUCACUCUAAAAAUCAGUCAUUAAUGCAAUUUAUUUAAGAAAAGCUUUAUACAAGAAUUAUGGGUCUAACAAACUAUGUACGUAUUUAUGUAUAUAGGGCGCGCUGGGCAUUUGAGACCAUUUCUAAGGCUACUUAUUACUUAAAUUUUUUUCUUCAGGAAGCGAUUUGAAGCUAUCAACAAUCUACUUGACAACCAUUCUAGCUAGAUACUAAUAGUUUGAAAAUAUGAUCAUUAUACUAACCUAAAAAAUUAUAAUUAUUUUUGCUUUUGUUUGAGAAACAGUUUGCGGUUCGCAUAAUUUUAACUACGCAAAAUCAGUUAUCUGCUGAAUAAUAGAGACAAUGAGAGUAAAAGUUAACUUUUUGGUCUUCCUUGCGACAAAAGUUAUAAUAAUAUGGAUAUGCCUCACUUCACACGGAAGUUUUAGGGGACGAAAUUAAGAUGAACUCUAUAGAUCCAAGCCAGUGUUGCGAAUUUUAUAAUUUAAAAGUUGUGGAAAUAAAUUCGAUUUUCAUUUUUGUCAACUUUUUUUCUACAAUUGAGAGUUGAAAAAACAGGGAAAAUUUACAUAUUUCUAACUGGAAAACUAUAAUUAAAAGUAACUAAAUAUAAAUCAGACAAAAGGCGCUAAACUAUGUAGAAAUUUUAUUAGGUUAGGUUAAUAUGGGAGGUCAAUAAACCAAGCAUAGACCAGUUAGGUCCAUUGCGAUGACAGAUGGAGUUCACUUGCUCGCAAAUUUUAAUAUACUCUGCAGCCUCACUAUCGAUAGCUCCUCCAGUGUAUCAUGCCGUGAAGACCCCAGAUGCUUGCGUAGUCUUGCCAAUGCGGGACAAGUGCACAAGGGGUGCUCCAUUUUUUCCCUAGUGCCCUGCUCUAGGCAUUUCCUGCAGUCUUCUCGAUCAGUCAGCCCCAUCUUGUGGGGUGGCGUGUGUCGCCACCAGAUAGUAACCAGUAAGUAUUCCCUUAUAUUUUAUUAAGAAUAAGCUUUUUUUUUAAAAAAAAAAGAAAUUCCCCUGAAGUUGCUUUAGAAGUUUUUUGGCGUUACAACAACAAUAACACGAAGUACCCCGAAAUUAUAAAAAAAAAAUUCGUUCUUUCUAAAAAAUUUAUUUUAAACCGAUUGUUGGGAUUCUUUGAAUCUAGUACUUGGGAUUAAAAAGGUUUUUUUUUUGUUUUCAAUAAAUCAUUCAAAUGAAAUUUAAUUAUUUUAUUUAAUCCUUUCCAAUCCAGAAAUUCACAACAGUUUAUGUUAGCUUGUACUCAAAUACCUGAUGCACCCUUCUAAGCUCGCCUUGUUAUUUAUUAUGCCUAUAAUUGCUGCGGAAUAAAAUUUAGUAGCAUCUAAUUUAUGAAUAUACCCUACAAAUGAGUGUCAUGCACAAAAUGUCUUAAAUAUUAUAUAAUAAAGUUCAACUUUUUUGAUUCAAAAUAAAAGCCACGCUUAUAUUCUUAUAUAUGUAUGUAUGUAUACUUAUACAACUAUUUUUUUACAAAAAAAAAUUAAUAUGAAUAGAAUUUACACUUACAAAUAACUGUCUAAACAUACAUAUGUAUAUUUACAAAAAUAUGCUGAAUAAACCGAUUCACUUAUGUAAAAACUUACUUUAUACAAAACAAAUGUGCGUUAAAAAUAUAAUUAUUUAAUUUUACACUAAGUCAUAAGAGUAAAAAAAAAAGUUUUUCUAUAAAAAAUAAAAUGCACCUUUAAAAUGUUAUAGCGCUGCUUGUAGCCUUAAAUUAGAUAAAUUGUUAGUUAAUUAUAAUUAUUGUAGAAAAAAGCAAAAUAUUCCAAACAUAUGCAGCUAAAGUCUGAUUAAGACUCAACUACCCGCCAAUUGAAAACAAACAAAAAAUCUACAACCACAUGCAUAUGUAUUUAUAUCUAUAUGCGUAGCUAAAACUUUUCGCCUUUAACACACCAUUUCAAACUGAACCUAACCUAAAUUACGUAUUUAACUUUCAUAUUUAAGUUUAUUACCACAGUUUCAAUGUGGUGUUUUCAUUUUCAGAAUAAACUCCAUAUUCAUUAAUUACAAAUAAAUGUCCUUUUAGGGAAAAUUAUUUAGUUGACGAGAUACUUUCAUGAAAUUUAGCACGAAUUAUUGUCCAAACCAGCGAUACCAUCUCCGAACAAAUUGUUCAGAUCGGAAUACUAUAGCUUAUAGCUACCAAGCAAUCCGAAUGAUCAAAAUGAAGAUUACGAUAUUUUUUAUACCCUUUCAUGCUUUAAGAAAUGCAACUGUGAGGGACAUUAUAUCUUUGGUAACCGAAGUUAACGGUUUUUAUUGAAAAUAACACUAAACUUGUUUUUCUAGUAUUUUAUUUUAAUAUUAAGAUUUAUUCCAAACCAUUUUUUAGCUUGACGUUUGUUAUUUCUGAUUUUUGAAUAGUAAAAAAAAAAGUUCCAACGGCGCAACAUAAACCAAAAACCAUAAACAAAAACACAUUUCUUCAAUACAUAUGUAUAUACAAUUGCAAAAAUAUAUCAACAAUAGAAACAAUGCAUUGAUAAUGCAUUGAUGGAUUGUUUUAAAAACAUAAUUAUCCUUACCGGAGUUCAAGAAAAUGCUUUAUCAAAAAUAUUUAAUUAUAAACUAAUACAAAAAUGCUAAUGAAAUUACGUAACCAGCAAGAAAAUGGCAAAUAAAUUGAAAAAUAAUAAACUACUUUACAUAUGCAUAUAUGUUAUAUGUACGUGCAAUAUACAUAUGGUAUAUAAUGUAAUGAAAAUUAUAUAUUAUAUACUAGAAGCUACAUUAUUUUUAUGUAAACGCUUUGCCUUAAAAUUUAAAAUUAUAUUAUAAUAAAUACAAAAAUUAAUAAAAAAAAAUCUAUUUAAACAGCAA